CAUCAGUUUCGCCCUUGACCUCCAGGAAAUCUGUCCAGAUAUACAUAUAUCUCUUCUGUUCGCCGACGUUCUAUCUGUCUCAUCUCACAACCAUCGUCUUCGAACGGCCUCAAGUCACCGCCCGCGCCCUUAAGUCGACCCCCUUGUCGACCCACCUUACCUCACUUCUACGCCCUUCCUAGGACACGCCUCCGUCCCGGUCCCUCACUUACACCACCACACGAAAAACCUAACCGGACACACCCCGCGUAUAAAAGCGACCUUCUGCCCAGUAUGGGUCUAAGACUUCAUAGCAGCAGCGAUGCCCUAGAUCUAGAUCUCACCCAGCGGUACCUGUCCCCCGGCCCCUCGCAGGUCAGCAGGCCGCGACCCCACGCCCACUACAACGGCGCCUACUUCCACCCCGACGGCUCCAUCGCCCUGACCCGGGAGCUCGCCGACCACAAGCUCCCUCUCCUCGAUCUCAUUCUCACAGCCAACCAUCAGAAACGGGCCCGCCGGCACCGACAGACACGUCGGGGCCAGACUCCCCGCUCUUCACGGCAAUGGCGCACUGACGAGACGGCCGAGGGCCGCAACCUAGCCUAUAGUGGCCACAGGAUCCCCGGCGAGCACCGUCGGACGCCGUCCUUGGAGAGAGAGGAUGCCUUCCGGGACCCGCGCACCACAAAGGCCCUGCUCUACCCCGAAGAUGCACCUGAUAUUGCAGCGCUGUACCGUAUGGGCCUUCUCUACGAUGAUGAGCACCUCCGUGGUUCUGCGUUCGGUCUCGAUGUCAUUGACCGGUACUCAGAGCCUGAGUACACCAUGCGCCCAGCCAAGCGAGCGUGCAAGUCCAAGACCCAGCAAAUCCCGUACGACGAUGAUGUGCAACUCGCCCUCGAUCUAUCGUUGGCCGAACUCGGCCGAGACGAAUCUUUUGCCCAAUUUCUUUGCUCCCCGGAUCUAGACGAGCUCCCUUCGAGCGAUAAGUCUGACAGCAGCAGCACUUACAGCGCACGACUCGCGCCCCUGCAGUUUGUCUCCGAGCUCUUGGGGUCGCCGGACUAUUUUAGCGACAACACGCCUGAGCUGACAACGGAUUCCGCAUCUGAUUCUUCUUUCUCUUUCAAAUAUUCUUCUGAAGACGAGAUUACUUCCGCAAAAACCCGCCAAAUUUUGAUGACAAAAAAUGAUGGAAUUACCCAGGAGCUUGACAGUACCUGGAUGAUAUCGGGUGACGGCUCGUAGCAAGUCCCCAAGGAUCCCCGCGUGCCACUUGGAUCUCGACUGCGAUUCUUUUGUCGAGGCACUCGCGCCCACAAAAUGGACUGGCCCUCAUUUAGCCCGGCAUCUCCGGGAGUCGGUGCUCGCGGUUUGGUUCCCAUGUAGCAUAUUCUGUUGCAUCUCAGGAGUUAUGGGAAGACAGAUGUGUGCUCGUGUAGGAAUGACACUGAGCUCGCUGUCUUUGAUUUUUCAUGUUGUCUGUAUCUCAUCACUUUACGGAGUAUUAGCUUGGUAUUCGUUUCAUGUCGAAUAGAACAAUACAAACCUUGAAACCUUGGCUUAGGACACCCGCGACCCUCCUCGUGGUGUCACUCAUUGCCGAUAAUUCCAACGAGAGAUAAGCCUUUGA